AUGGCUACUAUACUUUAUAAUCAGAACAGUAAAGUGAUUAAAUGCGAGGACUCUGAUCUAACAGAGACUCGUGAGAUUUCAAUCAAUCAAAUUAAUAAAUUAUCUGCUGCCAUCAUUGCAGAAUCUAAUCCAAACUUCACUCCACAACCAAACGAUGAACACUCUAAGAUGAUAAAGAGUCUCUUUGAGAGUGGCCUUGCCAUGCUCAAACAAAAGAAGAUGCAAGACGCGUUAAAGAAUAUUGCACUGGCUGUAGAUAUGGCACAACGUAGUAGGGCACCUUAUGAAGCCUUUGGGAUCCAAUUACAAGAAAUUCAAUUCAUGUUGAGACACAAGAUCGAUUUGUCUCUAAUUACGGGACGUUAUUUGGACGCAUUACAAGAUAUAGAGUUCUUAAUGAAUACAGGGAUGGCUCAAGCUGAUGUAUAUAUUAGAAAGUCAGAUGCUUUAUUGAAAUUAUCGCAAUUCGAUGAUGCAAGAAUUUGUUGUGAAAGAGGUCUAAGUUUACAUCCAAAUGAAACUAAGUUAAAGGCAUUGAUGUUGGAGAUCAACAGAAGACUAGCAGAAUACAAUGGUGACAAUUAA